AUGGGGCAGGAGGCGGAGCUGUCUGUGAAGCCCACAGAGACCCAGGUCACCCUCAGCAGCCUGCAGGUGCGCGCAGAUGCGGUGAUGCAGUGGGGCGCCUGGAGUCAGCUCCAGCACUUUAGCAUCGAAGUCCAGGUCUCUGAGUUGUCGGAUUUGUCCAUAUUCCUAGUGUGUCUGGGGAGCUUUGUGAGCAUCCUUCUCCUAGGCAUCUUUGGGUACUUCAGCAUGAACAGGGCCGCACGGCACCUGUGGCCGCCCCUGCCCACACCCUGUGCCAGCAGCGCAGUCGACCUCCCUGGCAGCCAGGGGAAGCAGGUGUGGCAGUGGACCAGCCCAGUGGACUUCCCAGAGGAGGCAACACCAGAAGAUAUGCUGGUGGUGAACAUGUCCUGGGACAAAAGUGAGAGGGCUGACCUGGACACCCCUGGGCCUCUCACAGAGAAGACACAGCUGCCUCAGGGCACCCCUCAGCCAUCCCUGGACACGGAGCUGCCCUUGGAGGAUAUGACACAGAUGCAUGGACACCCUACGGCCAGGGCUCUGGAGCCUGGUGGGCAGGAUGGUCUGGAGGGCAGCUCUGCGCAGGUGACUGGACUCCCACUGCUGCUCGGAGAUCUAAUGCAGAGCCCCAGGUUUAGUGGCCCCCAGCACCUGGAGGCCUGA